AUGGUUGUGGGUAACCUUCCAGAACUACUCAACAACGCUGAUAUAGAUCGCUUGGAGCUUCUUGAGGUGCCGCUAUCGGACGAUGUUCUAUCGUCAGUCUUAUCAUGUUUACUGGACGCUGGCUGUCGAGUAUUCAAAGUGUGGAUUAUGGGAACGUCGAUGGCUUCCGUUACGUCUUCUGUGCUCCUUCGAUUCCUUCGAGAACCCUCUAUCAAGGGAAGCUGGUUCAGUUCAAUCAGCGAUUGCUCUCCGGAUAACUUUAGCCCGGAAGUUCUCCAAUUCAUUGUGACGAGGAAACUCGUCCUCAUGGAUAAUUUUCGUGGCUGCUUUAUUCCGAUAUAUGACGAUAUACUUGCCAAACUUACUGCAGAUCGUUUCUUUAUCGGUGCUCCAAACAUGAUCACUAUGAAAGGUCUGAAGUCUUUCGUCCAGCGUCUAGCUGGCGGUAAACAAAAGUGA